UUUCAGUUUCAGGGAAGAAGGAGCAUAUUCUGGAUAACCCGACCAUGCUAAGCAGGCUACAGCUAACUAGACAAAGCGAGCGAGAGCAACUCUGGCAGCUGGUCGAUCAAUGGAAUGAGAAUCGGCUUGAUUUAUUCAACCUAAGCUAUCCGACAGAGGAUCUUGAAAUUCAUGGUGUGAUGCGAUUCUAUUUUCAAGAAUCUAAAGACAAAGUAUUGACGAAAUGUAUCCGUGUUUCCAGUACAGCAACAACCCGAGCAGUUGUCAGUGCAUUGGUCGAGAAGUUUCAUCCUGAUCUUAAAAUGCUCAGUGAUCCAGAAUAUACAUUGUGGGAAGUUCAUGAAAAUGGCGAUGAGCGAUGUCUAGCACCCAGUGAGAAACCAUUACUUGUACAGCUGAAUUGGCAUAAAGAUGAUCGCGAAGGUCGGUUUCUGUUGAGGGCACAUCCUAAUACCACUUCUGUCAAGGGUACCAUAGGUGGUUUGAGUGGCAAUCAAAAAAGGUUUUCGAAGAAGGAGGAAAAAGAACUGAAAAAAAAGCAUCAAAAAGCAGUUGAACAACAAGAACCGAAGUUACGUGCCUCUGAAGAAUUAUAUAAAGCAUUGCCACCAACCACAUUUACGCGAACAAUUUCGAAUCCAGAAUUUGUGAUGAAGAAACGACGCGAAAAAAAGAUUGCGGCAAAAUUAAAAGAUUUGGGUCAAGGUGGUAGUUUAAAGAUUUACGGUUAUGAAUUAGAACCAAGUCGACCGUACGUCACACUUCUUGUAUCAGUACGGGACACUACAAGUAGAAUUUUGAAGGAGGUACUAGAAAAAUACGGUGUCAACAAAAAUGUGGAAGAAUACAUUUUAGUUGAGAUGGUAAUACCGGUUUCUACAAAGCUUUCUCGUUCGUUAAGCGAUUUACGAUUCUUGAAUAUUAGUCGACGUGAACGAAUUAUGGAUUAUAAUGAGUUCCCGUUGAUUAGCCUAGCAAAUCGUAUACCGGAUCCAUCAGAGGAAAUAUUUUUCGUUGUGAAACAGCGGUUAUCUGAAAUACAAAAGCAUGCACGUCAUUCAUCAGUAUCAUCAACUGCAGCACUUGGUGUCAGUUACGCUGAUCCGCAAAAACUCUGUAUAGGAACCUCUCAAGUUUUCCGCUUGCAAAAUCUGUUUGCUGCCAAACCAUGUCUUUUGCCAAUAACUUUAGAUUGUAAAGAAAUCCCAGGAAUGAAGCCAAUACAUCUUCCAUUUGGUGUGAUGGGUAUAGGUUCAGAUCGCUCGAUGGGCUUAUUUCUAGAUGGUCAAUAUAUCAGACCUCGACAUGCCGUAAUCAAUUAUCAGGACGGUGUUGUAACGGUCACACCAUCUGAUCCAAAUGCUUAUAUUGAGGUUGAUGGUCAACGUAUUUCUCAAACUGUAGCUCUUCGUGAUGGGAAUAUAAUCGGUAUUGGUCACAGCCACAUGUUCCGUUAUCUAAGUGCUUGGGAUGUCGAGAAGAUGCAUCUGGUUAAUGGAAGCAAUAAUAGGUUGGAAAUAAUUCCAGGAUUGAGGAGGUCAGUGUUCUGCUUGCUUUACUUCUUUUAUAUCUGA